AUGAACGACCCGGGCAAGGCGCUGUACCACGCGGGAUAUGCCAUUCACGUUCACAACAGACGAUUCCUGGCGAUCCCUUGCGGCCAUCGGCCGGAUGCAAAGCUCUUUUACCUUGAGGAAUCUCUCAAAGUCAUCCGUGCCGACGACGAACAGGUUCCCCGCAUCAGGGCUCCUGUGCCUCAGCAGAUUAAAGUAGUAGAUGGACCCAUCCUAGAGCUAGUGAGAUGGGGGUAA